GAUAUGGUAGAUUGUGUGUGAAGCGGGAGAUGAUGAAUUGUUGGCGGGAGCGUCCCAAAAAGAAAAAAAAAAUCGCGGGAGGAGUUGGGUUGAGAGGGAGAGAAUGUGUGAGAGAGAGAGUGGAUGAGGAAUGAGGUGAGGGAAACGGUCAGACGGCGCGAAGCCCGUCGAGAGAACGACGAAGCACUCUCUCUCUGCCUCUCUUUCACUCUCUACCUCUCUCUCUCUCUGUCUCUCCCUUUCUCCUCUUCUCUCCUCUUUAUUAGCCCCCGCAUCUUAGUCGGGAAUUUGGAGGUGUUGUAGUCUCUGAUAGGGGCGACCCAAUCAAGGAGUAGGAGAAAGAACUGGCAAUCAGCUAGAAGGGAGAAGGAGGGGACACGUGUACGGAGUUGGAAGUGUCAUCUCUGAUAUCAUGGACCUUUCAGAUGUGUCCUCAGAGGUCUUGAUCACUGAACUUAUGCGUCGAAUGCGCUGCGCCUCGAAGCCCGAAAAACGUGUAAUUCUUGUAGGGCCCCCUGGAUGUGGUAAGGGAACCCAGUCCCCAGCAAUCAAGGAUGAGUACUGUCUCUGCCAUCUUGCGACGGGAGACAUGCUGCGGGCGGCCGUGAAGAAUCAGACUCCUCUCGGGCGCAAAGCGAAAGAGGCCAUGGACAAUGGGCAGCUUGUUUCUGACGAUCUUGUGGUAGGCAUCAUCGACGAGGCUAUCAAAAGGCCAUCGUGCUCGAAGGGGUUUAUUCUCGAUGGAUUUCCGCGCACUGUUGUGCAGGCCCAGAAGCUCGAUGCCAUGCUCGACAAGCAAGGAGUGAAAGUGGACAAGGUCCUCAACUUCGAGGUUCCCGACGAGCUCCUCGUGGAAAGAGUAACGGGCCGAUGGAUUCAUCCGGCAUCAGGGCGAUCCUACCAUACAAAAUUUGCACCUCCAAAGGUCCCGGGGAAGGACGAUAUUACCAGCGAACCGUUGAUCCAAAGAAAGGACGACAAUCCCGAGACGCUAAAGAGUCGACUGCAAGCAUUCCAUCAGCAGACGACUCCGGUCAUUGACUAUUACCUGAAGAAGAAAGUUGUGUCGACGAUUCAUGCAGAGAAGGUGCAAGGAGAGGUUACGGCGGAGAUCAAGAAGUCCUUGCGAUCGUGAGGGGGUGGAAGGUCCGGUCCUUAGACUGGUCCUGAAACAAGGCCAGAUUAUUUCCCUUGUCUGGGAAGGGUCAGGACUACCCUGUGGAUGUUGGUGGGGUAUUGGAUGACGCAUCGAUCCGGAUUCGAGAUGCGGUUGGCUGGAAAAAAAAAAAGGUGAUUUUUAAACAUUUUUUACCAAAAAAAAAAGUGAAGGACAGGGAUAUGCCGGGCGGAAAACCAGGCAUCGUAAUUUUGCUACGGUUCCGAUCAGUCGGCUGCUGAAAUUUCGACGGUCCAGAUUGAUGACUAGAGCUCAGGUAAGAAGAGGGGCGAGAGCUGCGGGGACGAUGACGACAGUCAACGACAAGAAGGCAACUGCGGGGACGAUGACGACAGUCAACGACAAGAAGAGGGGCGAGAGCUGCGGGGACGAUGAUGACAGUCAACGACAAGAAGGUAACUGCACAGCUUGUCCAAUAAGAAAAGUGAGUGUUUUUUUUUUUUUUUUUUUUUUUUUUUCAGUUUCUCCGAACGAGGAUCGAGGGGGAGCAACAACCCCAAAAUUUUACACCCGAAAGUUUUGCGUCGGUCACGAGUUGGGUUGAAUGAACUUGAAUCUCUCCUGUAGAUCAGCCAAGGCGGGGACUCGGUUCCGGGUUGCGGGUUUCGGGUUGCGGAUCCGUUAAAUAUGUCUGCCAAUGGGGUCAGGAGUCCCAAUGACAGACUUCUGUUGUGUGUCGGGGGAGGAGGAAUGCUGUUUGUGGGUGAUGUUUGUUCUGCGGACUUGAGCCCUUUACCUCGGGUUUGAGAGGAGAGAGGGUUGGAGUGUCGGCGCCCCCUUUUUUUUUUUAAUCUUUCCUUUCUCUUUUCCUCCUGCCUUCCCUUCGAUAGGAUCGCUUCCACAUCUGCUUGCGAAAAGGGGGGCUGAUGGAAGAUGAGCUUGUGUUUCCCGGCUGGGGUCUUUUAAUUAUGAGGAGUUUUGCCGCAAGUGCGAUUCAUGUAGAUCACAUGAAGAUAGCACACAUGAUUAGAUUACCACACAGUGAGAUUAGGAGUUAUGGGUCCAGCCCUUAUCAGCCUAGUUAUGGGCCUAGGUGUUAUGGACCUAGGAAUCACCUAGGCCCUUAUCAGCCUAGGUGUUACAUCCCCCAGGAGUACUUAAAAAAAAAAAAAAACUUUUAAAAAGGGAAAAAAAAGAAAGAUUAGGAGUUGGGCACUGUGAUAAGGAUGCUACUUUAAAAAGGAAGUUGUGUUAUCUCUUUUACUGGAGGGGGCCUAUUGCUGUAUGCAUCCUGAUUUGUGGACUUUUUCCAAAUUUGAGAGAUUGAAUUUCGUAAAAGGGGCUCUUAUCACUUCCCAGAGUAGGCGACAAUCGGUUCUUGCAAAAAACAAAACUGCGCUGCUUGCUGCUGAGAUGCACAGUCAAACAUUGAGGUGGAUCAUCUCUUCUUCCCCCUUCCCUUCGAGAGAGUUGGAAUCACCUCUUCUUGUCGGUGACUCCUUGCUCCUCUGUCCCCUCUCUCCUUUGUCUGUUAUCACUGUGGAUCUCUAUUCAGAUAAGCCACAAAUACUUGCGUG